CGGGGGGGCGGGGAAGGAGCCGGGGGCGGCCGCCCCGACAUCCUCCUUAAACCCCGCCCGGGGCACAGCCACCCGUUCUCCGCAUCCCGGUGCUGCCGGCGGGAUGUUCACCGGGAUGUUCGCCAGGAGGAAGAGGAAGAAGCCGAUGCCGAAGAGCCACAAACCACCACCCCCUGAAGGUGUGAAGUCCAACCCCUCCAAGCGGCACAGAGACAGACUCAACCAGGAGCUGAACAAGCUGACUGGCAUGCUGCCCUUCCCUGAAGAUGUACGCAUCCAGCUUGAUAAACUCUCCGUUCUCCGACUGGCUGUUGGGUACCUGAAGGUGAAGAGCUACUUGAUGGCCACAGCUACGAACAUUGGUGACCGUAUGCUGGAUCAGCCCAGGGCCCCAGGAGGAACUGGAUGGAUGGACCUGCAGGUUAACAGGGAGCUGUUUCCUGAGGGGGAACUGCUGCUUCAGGCACUCAAUGGAUUUGUCAUUGCUGUGACUGGAGAUGGCUACAUCUUCUACAUCUCUCCUACUGUGAAGGACUACCUGGGCUUUCAUCAGUCGGAUCUCAUCUACCAGAGUGUGUACGAGCUGAUCCACGCAGAUGACAGAGCCACCUUCUGCCAAGAGCUGCACGGUGCCCCAGAGCCCAGCAGCACCCAGCACACUGCCCAUGGCCUUCCCACCAACCAGCUGCUGCCAGCUGUAUGCAGCACCAUGUCCAGCCCCAAAAAAUGCUUCUUUGUGGAGAGGAGCUUCACCUGCCGCUUCCGCUGCCUGCUGGAUAAAUCCUCAGGAUUUCUGGCCUUACAUUUCCGUGGGCGCUUGAAAUUCCUCCUUGGGCAGCAGAAGGCCUUGGACAGGUCCCCACUUGCCCUCUUUGCCAUCGCGACUCCCCUCCAGCCGCUUUCCAUCCUGGAGCUUCAGAUCAAGACGCUGAGAUUCCAGGCAAAGUUCAAGCUGGACUUCACUCCCACAGCAAAUGAUUUCUGGGGGCAGGCUGUCCUGGGGUACACAGAAGCGGAGCUAUGCAGCAGGGGGUCCGGGUACCAGUUUUUGCAUGUGGGUGACUUGAUGUACUGUGCGGAGAGCCAUGUGAGAAUGAUGAAGACGGGGGAGACUGGGGUGAUGUCUUUCCGGCUGCUGACCAAGAAGGGCAACUGGGUGUGGGUUCAGAGCAAUGCCUGGCUGGUGUACAAAGGAGGCAAGCCUGACUGCAUCAUUGCCCAGAAUCGAGUCCUGUCGAAUGAAGAAGGGGAGGAACAUCUGCGAAAGAGGAACCUGCUGCUGCCUUUUGUCUUUGCUACGGGGGAUGCAGUCCUGUAUGGGAAUGACCUGGACCCCUUCCAGGAUAAGGGGGAGUUGCAGACACAGGCAAACUCUCACUUGAAGCAGAGCUUGGUAGACCCAAAUUUUCUUCUUGGGGCCAUGAUGAAGCAGGAUGCAUCCAUAUCCAUCUCUCACAGUGAUAACAUGUCUCAGUUUUCCUUGCCAGAUCUCACCACUGAGUCUGAUGGACCAAGCCAGAGUGAGGAAGUUGGUGAUGCUAAGGACAGCGACUCCCUCCUGGAUAUUGAAACCCUCUUUGAGAAGAGCAAGGUGGAUGGAAAUAUCUGCCAAACCACUCAGAGCCUCAAUGUGGACAAUGCAGAGCUGCAGUGGUGGGAGGAGGUUCUGCUCAUCUUGGGUGCAGAGGAGGAGCUGGCAGCUCAGGUGGUUGGUGAGAGGCUAGGCACUGAGGUGACCUCCUGUGUAGAGCAGAUGCUCCUUGGGGAAGAUGCUGGGAAGAGCAUGGACUUCUCACACUGCUGUGCAUCACCCUGCCAUGAGGAAAACAGUGCUGUGGCUCCCUUCCAGCACUGCUGGGCAACUAAUUCAGCACUUCGAGAACAACCACAGCCUCAGGCACCUGGUGCACAAGACCAAGAUGCUGGGGUCUCUCUAGUCUCUGUUAUAUCUGAGGUCAGCUAUGCUCAACCAGAACUGCAGGUCCUGUUUAACCCAGCUGGGCUGGUGCAGGGGACUGUUAGGGAUGUCUUGGGCUCCAGCAGUAAGCCCUCUAUUGCACUUCAGCUGGCAGACCUUGAGCAAGCACCUCAAACAGAACUUGCCACCUCUGCUGCUGUAGAUAAUGUUAUUCCUGAUGAUGAGAGCCAGCCCAGGUGCGAGCUGAUGGGCUCAAGCUGCCCACCUCCCUUGCACUCAAAUGCGCUAGUGACUCGGUGGCAUGAUGUCCCAGCCCAGGUAAACCCAGCCAGUGCUUUGGGUCAGUGCACUUCCCCUGGAAGUUGCCCAUCAGAGGCUUGGGUGUCCACAGCUCCAAAACAGCUGGAAGCAGCAGGAACACACCUGAAGUCACAAUAUCUGCUGGCUGGCAGCUCCGAGAGCCCCUCAGGGGCUGGGCUGUGGUCACUGCCCUCCCAACCUGCUCCUUGCCCUGCACAAGGCUUGCAUGAGUCCUUGUUCUCUGCGGUUGGGGACCUCUGCGAUGAGGAUGCUGCUCUCCCUGCACCAGCAUCAGCACACCUAGGAGUCAGCCAGCUGCCAGGGGAUGGUGGCUUCCCCAAAGAGCUUCCGAUACUCCCUCUGGAGCCCAGCUUUUCUUGGAAAGGGGAGCAGGGUGAGUGGUUCCUGCAGGCUGGAGCAGGUCCUCAGGGAUGUGGUGAGGCAGGCCUGGUGCAACAUGGUGGACUCCUGUUGGGGUCCAGCAUGGAUCCCAGCACCCAGCAGGUGGACCUUGUGUCGCUACCUGAGUGCCAGUACGGAAAUAACCUUUUUGGAGACGAGUGUCUCUAAAACAUCCCUUCCCCAGGAGUGGGGUGCUUUGCCUUUUGCUGGUGAGAGCCACCCUGGGGCAGCACAUUCCUCACCAGGCUCGGUUUUGAGGUGCUCAGCAGCUGUCCCUGCAAAGGUGGGCACAGGAGUACACUUCUCUGAGCAGGACACUGGCUCCGCAUCAGCAUCCUUCAUGGUGGGGCAGCUGCUCUGUGCCUGUGAGGUCCAGCUGAAGGUGAGAUGUGAGGGCUGCAGGACCUGAGGGAUGUACCAGCUUGUGCGGACAGAGCAAGGGGCGGUGCUGGGGGAUGCAGGCACAACAUCAGUUGUGGGCAGCCUGUUUUAAAGCCUCACUGUGCACUAGGAGCCACAUUUUGAAAAGCCACCAGCAAUUAUGAGCUCUUCUGGCUAUGAGUGGUGCCCCAUGCUUUGUGGUCACUCAGGAUUUUGUCUUCCAGUGCCUGAAACGAGGUGGCCUAGCAGAGUUUUCAAGCAGCCUAGGAUGAACUGUGUUGUACUUUUUCCAUUGGAAGGUUUUCAGGGAGAGGCAGCCCUGCCAGAGGGGCGGUCUGUCAGAAUCUUGCCAGUCUGUGCUUUCCUGACAAUAUCUUGCAGAGCUGCUGGCCUUACAGGCACCACAGCAGUGAACUGCUGUUUCUUGGUGCAGCAUGGUCUCCUCAUCACCUGUAUGUGUGGACCACCCUCAUCAUGUUACUGUUCGGUCCCCUGCAUCAUCUCCACCUGCCUGAGCCCCUCUGCUCCUUGCUCCCUCCCUCUUGUGCUCUCCAUCUCCUCUCCUCCUGAGUCCCUGGUGACCCAGUUCGUUUAGAUAAGAUGUUACCAAGCACUUUGAGAAGCUCAGCAGCAUUUGAAGGGUCUCUGUGGGAGGUGGAGUUGCUGAGAGCAUAGGCACCUUGGGAUUUUGGGCUCCUCAAGGAGUGGGGGAGAAGCAGGUACUGGGUUGUGACCUUCCUUUACUUGAGGGUGGGGAAGGUCCAGCCAAACUCCCCUUUGGUUUGUCAUUGUCUUGUCCAGUGCAAUCAGAUGGAGGAACAAGGGCACUCACUCCUGCAGUUCCACAGGACCGUGUGGUUUUGCCAAAACAGUAAGAAAGAAAGGCAGGGAGGGAUGCAGUGACUGCUGUCUGCCCCUCUGCUCCAGACCCAUUUUCUGCCCUUCAAACCGUUGUCCUGGAGGCCAGCACCAUCACUUUGUUGAAUUCCCUUUCUUUUGUAUUUUUAACCUAACAGGUGAAUUUUUUUUUUUUUCCCACUGCAGUGCAAAUCAGUCAGGGAAAACCCACAAAAAAAACAAUGAUGGGGGGGAUGGAUCUUUGAUUUGAGACCAGAUGUGGCAAGCCAACUUGAUCAGAGAGGUCAGAGGUUGAGGACCUUCCCCCCCCUUGCACCCAUCACCCUGACCACCACAUCUGCUUCUUGCACCAGAAUUAAGCAUGUACUGCUUGCCAAGUGAGUAAAAUCAGGUAAUCAGCGCAGGGCUAGCCCAGCAGCAAGCCUGCAAGUGUCCCGGUAUAGGGCAGCCUCAUCUCUCUGGGUCUUUUCCUUCGUGCCCUGCUUUGCCUCGCUGUGCUGGGGUUCCAGGGUGGGAGCAGAGCAAUGUUGGAGAUGUAAUGGACCGCCCUGAAGUGGCCUGGAGGAGCACCUAGGAUGGGGUAAGGAGUUGACUGGCCAUGAUACAGAGCCUCACAACUCAGCGGAUCCAAAAAGCAGCAGAAUGCGCUCUGCCUACCAGCCUUUCUUGUCCUGGCACUUGCAACACGAUAGGAAACUGCCCUGCUCCAGCCAGGGUGUGCCGACAGGUGUGCCUUGAGUGGGGGGCAACCCCCCCUCCCCGGUUCUGUUGGUUGGGGCUGAGACAGACCCCUGGUGCACUGUUACUUGUGUUUUAUCUCUUUAUACACUGCGUAUGUGCAUGUAACAUCUAUUUGUGUGGCAGUGCCUCAUUUUACGCUUUGUGACUUCUUUGUAUUGCUGUUGGCAGACGGAUGAUGCCGAAGAGAAAAAGAUGUCCUGAAACUCACCCCCUGCAUUUGGUUACGUAUUAAAAGGCGAUUUGCUUUGUA